ACAUAUAUACACAUACACACACACACACACACACACACACACACACACAUACAUACAUACAUACAUACAGUACUGUGCAAACGUCUUAGGCAGGCAAAGAUGCUGAUGUUUAGAUUAUCCUCAUGUUGGUGUAAAACUAUGAUAUUAUGCCUGUCAAAGUGUGUCAGCUUCGCCAUUUCAGAACCUCUGCUAAAAUCAUCCUAGUAUUUGCAGUGACCGUCCAGUGCAGCCAUGUAUUUUUUGACUUGGCCACUAGCACAUCUCAUACAGCUAGUCAAUCUCUCACUGACUUUUUAAACCUAUAAAUUUUAUUAUUUAAUUGAAUUGUUGGUGAAAUUUAACAGAAUCAUGGAACGGCUGAGGUGCCCCUGAGGAGAAGUUUGGGAACUGAAGCGGUGUUCAUCUAGCCAUCCAACUAGAUAUCAGUAACUUCUUAGAAAACAGAGGAAAUUAUUACUAGUUUUUAUUGUGUUACUCUUAAUUUGCACGUUCUAAUAUUAAAUUGUGUUUUUUGUUCUAAGCCAAAGUACACUUACCUACAGUACACUACCCAGAUAAACAGCUUUAAACAUUUCUUUGGACUGCCUAAGACUUGCACAGUACUGUGUGUGUGUGUGUAAUAUAUAUAUAUAUAUAUAUAUAUAUAAUGAGCCACACCCCCAAUGCAAAGACAAUGUAGGACGGUGCACACACAGCUUAAGUGAGCGUUUUCACCCGCUUACUUGAAAAUAAUGUUAUUUUCAUGGCAGGAAAAUUAUUUUCAAAUUAAAGUAACCUGAGUGAGGCAGCAUAUCUACUACCACUGCAGUGUUCACCUCUCCCCUCUUCCCUCGGUUAUCUAGCUAGAUAAGCACUUCCCCUGCACUUCACCUUGAAUAUUUCUUCUUUGAAAUUAUAGCCGCGUUGUUAACAUGAUGUUGUCAUUGCCCCUUUGCUUUGGUUGGUGCCGUAUACUGGUGACUUCAAGAACCCAUUCAAAGGCCAAUACUGGGUUUUCUUCUUUUGAAUGAACUUUUCCCGCCUCCUGCCGGUUUGCUAAUGAAGAACAUGCAUAUGUAUGAACUGCAAUUUACAUACGAAACCGAGAGGUCUGCAAUUCAGUUCUUACUAGUACAAACUACAGUUGUAGAGCUCUUCAUUACAUUCUGACUCCCAGAAACCUAGUAAAGGUGAUAAUAUUAUGAUUAGUAAGAAUUGCUAUUUUAGAUCUCUUAAUUCAAUUUAUUAUUCAUUAUAAUUAAAUUUCUACUAGUAAAAAUGUAAUUGUAGAGCUCCUGUCAAUAAUAUCCAGGGUGACCUGCGAGAUGAAACACGUCUUCCUGGGAACACUGGCAAUGCCAACACACCCAUCAACAACCUUUGGAGUAUCACGGGGCACUUGAGCGAACCAUGGAGCUUAUGGGGACAAGACACAGUGCAACUCCAACCCCUCUCAGAGCAGGGAACAGAGGAAACACUGAAGACUUGGACAACGGGGGAAGACUGGAAAGACAGACAAACAGGUCUGGAACCAACCUUGGAGGUCAUACAAACCCAUGAAGGCACACCUAUCCAAUAGAGGGCAGUUGGACUUCGGCGGUGAGACGCGGGUCCUGAAUCGAGGUCAGGGCGUAGACCAGCAUAGACGUAGGGCAUCGCGCCCGAGUGGUGAGGCGCCGGACCUGUGUGGCGAUGAGGAGUUGGGCCUGCGUGGCGAUGAGGUGUCGGACCUGCGUGUGGUGACACAUCAGAACUGCAUGGGGCACGUGAGCAAACCCUGGAGCUUAUGGGGACAAGACACAAUGACAUUCCAUCUCCUCCCAGAGCAGUCGGACUUGGAUGGUGAAGCGUGGGACCUGAGUCGAGGUCAGGGCGUACACCAGCAUGGACGUAGGGCAUCGCACCUGAGUGGUGAGGCGUCGGACCUGCAAGGCGGUGAGGCGUCGGACCUGCAUGGCGGUGAGGCGUCGGACCUGCAUGGCGGUGAAGCGUCGGACCUGCAUGGCGGUGAGGCGUCGGACCUGCAUGGCGGUGAGGAGUUGGGCCUGCGUGGCGAUGAGGUGUCGGACCUGCGUAGCAGUGAGGCGUCGGACCUGAGUGUGGGACACUUGGGCAAACCCUGGAGCUUAUGGGGACAAGACACAAUGACAUUCCAUCUCCUCCCAGAGCAGUUGUACUUGGGUGGUGAGGCGUGGGACCUGAAUCGAGGUCAGGGCGUACACCAGCAUGGACGUAGGGCAUCGCACCUGAGUGGUGAGGCGUCGGACCUGCAUGGCGGUGAGGCGUCGGACCUGCAUGGCGGUGAGGCGUCGGACCUGCAUGGCGGUGAGGAGUUGGGCCUGCGUGGCGAUGAGGUGUCGGACCUGCGUGGCGGUGAGGAGUUGGGCCUGCGUGUGGUGACACAUCAGAACUGCAUGAUUUCCUUCCAUGAGUUGUCCGAUGAAAAGACACUGUUUGGAUCCUUACCUCUUCGUGAGUUCUCCUGCGUGAAGGACCCAACAGAAUUCAUGGAAAGGGAAGAUAAGCUUGGAAACAGCCUUCAGGAGCCCUCAUCUCCUCAACAUCACAGAGCCUCUACAUCUGCAACGAUUGACAUGGAUUGGAUUCUGGAGCUGGUGUUAAAUGAGCGAUUAUUUACACCAGAUGUGGAGGAAACAUGUAACGUGAAAGUAUACAGGUUCUUGGCGAGCCAUGCUGGAAGGUUCUUCUGCUGCGUCACAGGCUUGGGGUUUGAGGUGGAAUCAGGCGGGGAGGUGACCUACAGCUUCUGCUCCUGGGAAAAAGCCCCCCAGACCUCCAGUAGCUGGAGUCCAGCUGGGCCAAUUUUUGACAUCGAGUGUCCCCAAGGGACCCUGAAGGAGCUGCACCUCCCUCACUGUGAGAUGAUGUUUGCAGAUGAAAACCUGGCUGUAGCACAUGUGAGCAACGACAACAUGGAGAUUCUGCAUCCACUGGAGGUGACAGACACACAUGUGGUCAUCAGCAUCACCCACCUCUCUGGUUUUGGUGUCAUAAAGAGGAAAGAAUCCAGCAAAGUCCGUGGGCAAGUGUUACUGCUGCUCCGGCCCAAACCACAAAUCUUGAAUGUGUUCUUGCUGCCCCUGAAUGUGCCUCCUGACCAGGUGCACCAGCAGAUGCAACACAGACAUAACAUCUUCAUUCCUACCAGCUCCAUGUGCACGCUCAUUCAUAAACGGCGAUACAGGAUGUCCUGUAACCCCAAGGCUAUAAGGAGGAUCCAGCUGAAGAAUGAAAAGUUCGAAUACAGUUUUGACCAAACAAUCCACCCAACUUUUGAGGUAUUUCUGAAACGUGACGUGGUGGAAGUGGAUCUGAGUGUCCUGCAAGACAGGAGCGGUAAAGUUGUGUGGCGGCGCUUCAUCGAUCUCACAGAUGCUGUUCUUCCAUCAUCUAUUACAGAAGAGGAAGAUCAGUCCACAGGUGUGGCGUUUGUAGACCAACACAGGGAAGCCAUCGUCCAGAGAGUGUCACUGAUCGAACCCUUACUGGAUGAACUGCACAAACACAUCUCAGAAGAGAAGUAUGAUUACAUAUGCGCUGCCAAAACAAGACAGAACAAGUUUAGGAGGCUGUAUGAGGUCUUGAACUGCAAAAAGCUAAAAAUGCUUUUUUUUGAAACCCUGAAGAAGAACGAACCGCACCUUGUCUCAGAACUGGAAAGAUCUUAAUUUGACCAGUAUGCAAAAUCCUGUUUCCGGCUCCAUAUCUCCCAGUUUACAGGGUGUUCUUCAGGCAGAGCCCUGUGAAGCUGGUUCAUGGUGGAGAGUUCCAGGAAGAGAGAAACUGUUGAAAGAGAAGUAGCUUUUGGCCACAGCUGGUGUGCAGUGGUUUGCUGUGAAAUCGCAGUGAAAAAAAGAUACUGCAGAUUGUGGACACAACCCUGGUUGUGUGGACAGAUUUAACAACUUUAGCAAAACUCUCGACUUUAUUUCAAUAUGAGAAAUUUGUCAUACAGCUAUAUUUUUAAUGGAAAAAAGAUCAUCCAGCUAUAUAUUUUUUUAUAGAAAUAAUGGCCAAGGAACUGUUUCUAGAGCAUUUUCUUUGUUUAAACUAAUUCAGAGACUGCCCCUUCUCCCUGCAUGACUGAGGACUCGUGAAUUAUUUGAGUUAAUAUAUGUGUUGUUAAACACGGAUACCAAAUUAAUGUAAUAAUCACGUUAAGCACAAAAUUGCAGUUUACAAAUGCUUAAUAUAAACUGUUACUCUAGGAAUCUAAUGACUACUUAGACUAACCUAGAAUUAAGAUUUGUCAUUUGUAAUUUGAAAGGUCACUUCUGUAAAACGUAUCCAAAAAUGUAAAUAUCUGGUGAUGUGUAACAUAACCCGUACUAUGUACGGACGCGAAUAACCAGCGUAUACGAUGUAAUUUUAAUUAUGAAUUAAUGCAGCUCAUAUGAUGUGUACACUUCCAGAUUCCGAUGUGAUGCUUGUUGGAGUUAGACUCCACCGAGUCCGUUGAUGAGGAAAGAGAUGCACACGUGAGGCGAAAGCUGGUUGUAAGUCAGCUCGCUUUAUUCCUUGCACAGACCGCGAUCCGGGAGCCACGCUCAGAUGCAUAAACAGUACAUACCCAAGGAAGCUCAAAUUCUACUGUCUGUGUCUGGCUUAUAUAGCCUGUCUGGGGCAUCAGCAACUCCUUCCCUUGUUAGGCCCAGUAGGUCAAGAGUAAGCAUAAUGUCACAACAACCCUGCAACACACCUUCUGCUUUUUCUGCUACACCACAGUCUAGGGUGAGCCCCCCUCCCCUGCCUGCCUGCAAGUUGGUUCCCAUUUUUUAGUGUGACAAAGUUUAGCACAAAGCUUGGCCCCCUUCAUGCUUGGUAUCAAAUAGACGGAGAAAUUCUCAUAAACCCGAAUCUGAUCAUGGAUCAUUACGUAAUUGCAAAGUUAAAUGCUUUUAAGUGAAAUUAGCUUCGGUAUACGGUCGUAAAUCCGUCGGGCCACUAUGCACACUUCCUAGACCAGCACUCCGGUCGGAUGUCCCCAAUCAUUGAUCCGAUUGUCCGAAUUCCCGAUAAUCGACUUUUAGACUUUCAAAUCACGCCUCGGAUUCCUGCGGAGUGGAGCAGAACCGAAACACUGAAGAUACCUGCGUGUACACCAGCCGCACAGAAAGGGAGACGAAAAGCAAAACCUACAAAGAAGACGCCGGAAACCGCUCCAGACCUGCCCACCCCCCACAUCCCCCCGAACUCCAUUUCUCGAUCAUCUCAUCACCGCUUCCAAAGACACUGUCCACAACCACGUAAACUCCCUUUCAUUCAUUUGCUAUUCAAACCUGUUCUGUUCACCUGUUUUAUAAUUUUCGGUCGCGCUUGCUGGACAGAGCAGUAUUUCCGUUUAAGGGUACCCAUUAAUAUUAAGUCACUGCCUUCCCAUAUUCUAUCCUGCUCACCGAUUUCAUUGUUUUGUUCUGUUAUUUUUGGCUUUGUUUUAUGAUAAGUGUAAUGUCUGUCGUGUGUUGGCUGUAGUGUCAGAAAUAAAUGCCUUUUAUACAUUUUAAA